GUGGAUCAGAUUAUGGGUGAAAUCAACGCGCACAGUACACUGUUGAUAAAGUACAUUCAGAGGCAAGGGAGGUGCAACUUAUGAAACUGCCACCCUGCGGUACGCCACUGGAAAGGGGACUCAUGAUACAACUUUUGAUGCCUCCAAUAGCUACUUUGUUUUCUUCCGGGUCGGAUUCCAAGUAUGAGAGCAGAGGAUUUCAAAUGCGAUAUUACCAAGGGCCAAGCACUGGCCCAUGUGAUCGUGACCUUGUGGCUACCAGAAAUGCCCAGGACCUCAUAUCGCCUGGUUACCCAGUGGGAUAUUUCCGUGAUAUGUCCUGCGUCUACAACAUCCAGGCAGCACAGUCCACUGACAGGAUACAGAUAGACGUAGUGGACAUGCAUAUUGAGAACUCUGUUAGUUGUCAAGACGACAACAUCACCAUCAUAGAUCCAAAUAUUGGAGUGCAUGAUGUGGGCACUAUCUGUGGACAAAUGAAACCGUCGUAUCAGAGCAGUGGAAACAGGCUACAGAUAAGCUUCAAAUCCAACCGUAUCAAGCAAACCAAAGGAUUUAUGAUCAAGUACAAGAGUAUUUUAAAUUCUGACUGCGGAGAUGAGGAGUUGAUAGCGACUGAUGUUGAUUCCUACCUGUUGUCGCCUGGUUAUCCAAAUCGUUAUUACAGCAACCUUGCAUGUAGAUGGACAAUAUCAGCUCGUGACCAAGAAAGGAAGAUAGAGGUCGAGGUCAUCCAUGUAGAAAUAUCUGGCACACCUCCUACCUGUAACGAAGACAGACUUGAAGUGGAUUACCUUCAUUCAUCGUCACCAAACGAAGUGAUUUGCGGUUCAAGCACCCCGACACAAACGUUUGUUAGCAUUGAUGGCACAGUGUUAAUCACAUUCACCUCAGACGGUGCCAAUGAAGGCCAAGGUUUUGACAUUCGGUAUCGUCAGGUACAAGUCGACAAACCUUCUGGCUCGUGUGAUAAAACAUUGAGUGCAACUGAAACGGAGCAAGUUCUCACAUCUCCAGGAUAUCCGCGUAUUUCUCUCAUAUCACAGACCUGUUCCUUCACUAUAAGAGGACCGAUUGGUUACCACAUCAGAGUGACCCUGAAUGACCUUGACAUUGAAUUGGCCCGAGAAUGCCGAUAUGACAGCUUGAUGAUAAAAGAUGGUACCUCGAAGCUUGAUGAGUUAUGGUGUGGUAGUAGGGCUGGUGAAGUUGUGAAUAGUCAGAAGAACUACCUCACAGUGACCUACACUACAGACGACUCCAACAACGGGCAGGGUUUCUCCCUCAAGUACUCUGCCGUCAGAGGUUCCACAAGCAGAGUGCAGACAAUGACGAUGCCCACACGAAGCACUCCUCUCUACCUGACCUCGCCUGGAUUUGAAAAACGAUUCCCUCGAGGAAUCACCUACAGCUACGUCUUUACUGCCGACCCUCAACAACAAAUACGGCUGCGUGUUACAGAAUCGUAUCUGCGUUACAACACAGCCAAUGGACGUUGUCUCAGCAAAAGGGUCAGGCUGUAUGAUGGCCCAUCUUCAGAGAGUUCCGAGCUUAAGUCUAUAAACACUGGGGAAUACGGCUGGUGCGCCUUGGACCUCCCAGUCUUCGUCAGCAACAGCAACUACAUGACCAUGGUGUAUCAAACAGCGUAUGUCUCCGACCAUGGAAGAAUUGGCUUUGUGCUGAUGUAUGAGCACGGGAACUUCAGUGAUAUCUACCCGUAUACGUGUGGCGGAAUGUAUGUUGCCGCAUCACAAGAAACUGCAAUCACCUCACCAAACUACCCUCGAAACUAUCGCAGCAAAAUGUUCUGCAAGUGGACUAUAUGGGCAGCUUCUAACACGACCCAGAUCCGUCUUAGUGGCAAUUUCUCCCUUGCAGGCGGCACCAGUGGUAACUGUGGUGGAGACUAUCUGAACGUGUACGAUGGUGCUGAGGAAAAGUCCAAGCUGUUAAGCAAGUUGUGUGGGACGAGCUCUGAUACUCUACAGUCAACAGGAAACCUUCUUACUGUUGUCAUGAAAACCGAUGAACGUUCCACGGGGAAAGGAUUUCGUUUCUUGUUAUACGAAACUACAGAUAUCCUUUGGUGUGGUUCGUCCUUGACAGCACAUUUUGAGGAAGUCUUACCUCACAAAAAAGAUUACUCGGAACGCUUCAUGUAAAUGGGUGUUGACAAAAGAAACAAACGAUACCUACAUCCAACUCUAUUUGGUAGAUUUUGAACUGGGGAGACGAAACGGCGACACUUGUGGC